AUGAUACGCAAUCGGGAUAAUAUCGAGAGGCCGAUGAGCAAAAAAGGUGAGCUUUUAUAGGCGGAAAAUUUGUGAAAAAAAAAAUGCUUUUUGAAGGUGUAAUUUCGAUGCUGUCGAAAAUGCCGAUCGGAUACGUGCUCAACACGUGCUCGUGCCGCUACAUUGACUCGCUGCUCGCCCACGCAUCCAUCCACCCCCAAAAACCGCACUCCUUUAUGAUUCAGGUCUGUUUUCUGCAAAAAUUUGCGAAAUUUCACUCAUAACAUGGAAAAUCAUUGAAAAUCGGUCAAUUUCUGACAAAACGGAAAUUUUAAGCGAAAACCAUUCGUUUCAUGUUGAAAAAUGUUGAAAAUCUGAAAAAAAAACUCUAAAAAUUUAACCAAUUUUUCAACAAUGUCUUCACAUGCACGAAGACUACAAAAUUUUUCACGAAAAAUCCAAAAAAAAUUCAAAAAAAAAUUGCAGCGACUGGUGGUGCUAUGCGGUCGUUCGGGACCGCCGAUUUCGAACCACGCGGCCAACAUCAUCCUCGCCUCGUUCCACUUUUGUGUCAUCGAAGCGCCGGCGAAGAAGUUUCUCGACGAGGAUGCCGCUCUUUCCCUCUUUCACACGGUAUGUCCAUGUUUUCCUUAAAAAUCAUUGACAAGACGGAAAAUCCGCUAAAAUUGAUUUCAAUUUCACGGGAAAUGAGCCAAAACUCGAUUGUUUCGGUAAAGAAGGUGAGAAAACAUAAAAACCCGCAGCUUUCUUCAAUUUUUUUAAAUAAAAAUGUCCCAUUCUGUACAGAUUCUGUCGUACGCGACAGUGCACCAGCAGGGCCGCAGUGCGACAGAAAUCCGCGGAGCCCAACGGCUCACCGCCGCUCUCAUCGAUCUGAUCUCGAUUUACACGAAGCAGAUGGACGAUAUCGACGCCAGCAAGACACUCUCCUACCUAUGCAAAAAGGUGACUUUUUUUUUGCAAAAAAAUGCCAAGAUUUGACGCAUUUUUUGAGUAGGUAACAAAAAUUAGAGGUUUGAUCUCACUUUCGAGUCUAGCACCUCAAACUUUCGAAUUUCGCAUGAUUCGGGCUAGUAUUUGUCAGAAUGCCGAAAUUUAACUUUGCUUCUUCCACUCUCUUUCUUUAGCUCUUUUUUUGCUAUUUUCUCUCGAAUUUCGAGCUUUGAACGUCUCAUUUUAAACUAUCACAUCAUUCGAACAGGUAUUUGUAGAAAUUUUUCGUUUUCCCGCUUUUUCUUCAUCUUUUCGGGUAGUAUGCUCAUUUCUAGUUAUAAAAUUUCGAAUCCCUGUGGCGUUUCUCUCUUUUUCUCUUUUUCAAUAUUGUUCCCUCCACUUGCUCUCCGCUUUUUGCUCAUUUCUUCUCGGAGCACAUUUAUUCUUCCUCUUCCUUGCUCAUUUUAAAAUUUUAUCCAUCUCCAUCGCAACCGCCAACCCGCCAAUUAUGUCAUCUGACCACUUUUUCGAGUUCCGACUGACCCAGUUUUCCUUUUUGAGCUGAUAUUGUGGCAACUGGACACUUUGCAACCGGAUUGUCCGUUGCGAAAUGUCCGGGACGCUUCGCAACUAGGUUUUCAUUUGCUGCAAAACGUCCGCUUUGCAGGAUUCGGAGAUUUUUUCGAGAAUUAGAGUUUACUUAUAGUUUUCGGGUCUGAGACAUUUCGAAACUAGGUUUCUUGGUUGCGAAACGUCCAUCAGUUCAUCUGAACGUUUUGCAGCCCAGUUCCAAAGUGUUCCUGUUGCAAAACAACCGUAAACGGUGCAAACGCGGCGAACGCGCAAUAAAAGUUUGUCGGUUUUCUGCAAAAGCGCACGCAAAUGUGCUUCUUCUUCUUCUUCUUCUUCUCUCUCUCUCUCUCUCUCUCUCUUUCUCUCUUUCUCUUUCAAGUGGUCGAAAUACAAAUAAUCACUUCUCGCACCUUCUCGUGAACAAGAGAAAGAGAGAGAAAGAGAGACAGAGAGGAAGCCGAUGGACUUUUAGUCGUCGACGGAGGACGGAUGUACGCGGCGGCGGCGGCGGCGGAUCGACGCAGAACACUGAUGAUGGCGACAAAAGUGUACGCGGAUGAUUGCGCAGACGACGAGAGAAAGCCUCUCCUGCGGGAACUUUUUCUCUCUCUCUCUUCUUCUCUCUCUCCUGGUCACUCUUGUCAAUUGACUAACUGACCAUUUGCCUCCCGUUGCUUUUCCACAUAAUCUUUCGAAUCCAACUGAUGUUGUAGGCUUGGCUCAUCCGGGGAUCUGGGAUUGAAAUUGUGAGCUUUGGAAGAACGUUUAGACUAGUUUUCCAUUUUGUGUGAUGUUUCCCUAUUCUCCCGACGCAUUUUGACUUUCUGCCUGCAAUUCUGCUAUCCUCGACUUUCAAACGCCAAAAAAAUGGCGCAAAACGUGGCCUCUAUUUCGCCUCCGUUCCGAUCAGAUCGAUAGGAAAGGUACUUGUGUCGGCGCGACAGACACACAAAAACGAAGAUGACGGCGAGAAGCGGUCUUUGUUUUAAACUAUUACACACUUUCGUCGAUCACGUCUUCUUCGUGAAACGUAGUUUGUAUGCCCCAAGCUAAAACUGAUCAAUUUGUCAGUUUCUAGCAAACGUUUGACCAAAUUCGCUUUCUCAAUCUAUUUUUUUUUCGAGAACCCUAUAGAAAUGUACAGUUUUUCGGGCAGAGAAUGAAACGGCAUAAAAAGUAGUUCACACGCUUUACAUUCGAAUAGAAUCGAUUGUCAAGGCACAGUUUUCGUUUAUCGAAAUUCCACGUCAAUUCCAGUACAGUUAUACUAUUCAAGUAAUCUGGUAAUUUGCAGCUCGCGGGUCAAUUCGAUCCGUUGGUCGUGCUCCCGUUCAUCACAAAACUCGCAAAGUGCGACCGUCUCCGCCACUACCUGCAGCCGCUCUUCAUCGGACACUGCGACUACACUUCCGACAAUUGGGGUACGGUUUUCAGUUGUCUCUCUCGAUUUUCUUUGAAACUCAACCUGGCCUUUUCAAAUCCCGGACUUUUGGACCACUUUCAAUUAUCCAAUCGGACCCGGAGUAUUUUGGGACCAAGUUUCAGACUGAUUUCGACUGCAAAUCGAUUUACCUCUAGACCAGAUUAUCCGAUUGAAGCUUGGUCCCAAAAUACUUCAGUCCAAGUCCAAUGGUCCAGCAAAGUUUGGGUCCGUCUACAACGAUCCGAGAUCAUUCAGGCGUGAGCCCCGAGGGCGCGGAGAUCUACAAUCACAUCACGCGUGCCAAUUUCACUUCGCAAACGCUCAUCGAAAUAGUGCACGUGUUUCUGGAGAAGGAGGUGAAGGAGGUGGUGAUCAGCUCGGCCACCGACCCGUUCAAACUCGUCCAGUACCUGGUGACGGUCAGUGCCAACGACAAGUUCGACACGGUUAGUUUACCGACACAAUCCUCCUGGUCACAGAUCCAAAAAUCGUUUGAGUGGCCCAAAACCACUGUAAUUCUGUGCAAUAAGCGCAAACCAACUUACGUUUGCAGUGCUUCUCGCCGAACAACGCGGAGACGAUCCUGGCGCUGGUGUUUGCAAUUUACGCGAACGACAAACUGAUGAGCGGCUGCCAAAAGGGCGAGACGGACAUGGACGUGCAGCAGGCGUUGCACAUGGUCAACGCGACGAAAGUGGUCGACAAGGAGCGGCUGGCGAUGGUGAACGCGAUCGCCGACUCGGGCAGAGAGGCCCUCCAGCGCCGGCUCGAAAUCUUCGGACCAUCGCUCCUCCAGUCCGUCGAAUACUUUCUCCAGGAACUCAAAAUGGCGCCCUGUCAGAGAAGUGAGCCGCGUUUUUUUCUUUGUUUUUUUUUUGAAAAACGCUAUUUCUACUUUUUUUUUUUUUGCAGAAUUGGUGACAAAUGGUUCGAUCUCGUACGCUCUUCUCUACAUGAUUCAGUGCAAUUAUGACAUGUCUGUCGGCAUCGAACAGCACAGAUUGUACGCCUUUUUUUGGAUUCUUUAGGGUCUAACUCGAUUUCUUUAUUUUCAGCGCCGGAAGUCCUCCGUUCUGGACGGUGACGGUGUUCGUGGAGGGCGUGCGCCAAUUCAUUGAGCAACGGAAGCAACUGCCCGAUAAGGACGCGUUCGACUGGUACGACGACAUCGACUGGUUCGAGGUGAUCCGCGAGUUGGACACGGAUCAGCUGCACGUGUGCCCGCAGACGAUCCGUCUGUUCGCCGAGCUGUUCCCGCUGAUCUUCGACCAGAUCUCCUCGUUCCCCACCGGCUUCUUCUACACUCCGUGGCGCCACUGGGACCGUCAGCUGCACCUCUUCGACCAGAUGAUCGAAGACGUGGCCGUGUGGAAUCUGUCGCUCUACCCGCACACGAAGGUGCUCGGCGCGGAGCUCAACCUGAAGGCGAUGCCCGACGACGCGGUGCCGAUUGUGAAGCUGUGGAACUGUCAGGAGUUUUGCAACGUGCUGCUGACGCUCGGAAGUCAGCAGCCGACGCUCGCGACGCCCAUCAAAAGCAUGUUCGAGCAGGCGGCCGCGGCGACGGGCGACGUCUCCACGCUGGCGGCGAUCCUCUCGUCGACGCAGUGGUCGCAGUUUCGGCAGGAACUCGUGCGCGCCCUUCUACCACAAUUCAUCGCAAAAAGUCCCAACGUGACGCCCGUCUUGAAUCUCGCGUGGAAUGAUGUGAGCAAUUUGAAAUUACAAUUGAACUUUUUCGUUUUGUGGUGUCCGUGAGAUUGGAAAAUAUGAAAGAAUGUCGUAGAAAGUACCGUAAUCGAUCCAGAAGAGUCCGAAUUCUUUGAUAGAAAGCAAACCGAAAAUGAAUCGAUUUUCGGGAACUACUACCUUUUUUACUUUUGGAGCCGAAAAAUCGUAUCUGUUUUCUAGUGCCCAGCUACCGGCACGCGGAAAAGAUCUUAAUUUCAAUUUUUUUUUUUGCAGGCGAACUUGUCUCGCCACAUGCGCGGUCACAUUCUGCACUGUCUGACGGCGAUGUACGCGGCGGACAACAAUCAGCUGGCGAAGAUUCUCGACGUGGCGCACGACAUCAAGCCGAACGGACUGUCGGAACUGCUGAACCAGCAGCCGAAGCACCUACCCUUCAUGGUCGACCUCGCCUGCUUGGCCUCGAAACGCGACUAUCUGAAUCUGGAGAAGUGGAUCGAGGACAAGGAGAAGGCGCACGGCGAGGCGAUGCUCGUCACGGUGCUCACGUACGUGCAGAAGAAGUACCAGGAGGCGCAGCUGAAGGCCGCACUCGUGCCCGGCGCCCCGCAGACGGACCCCCUCCACGUGCUGCUCGCGUUCUGCCAGAAGAAGGCACGCAAACCGCACCGACUACAGUUCGCACCGCUUUUCCAGGUAACUGUGAAGCCGUAACUUGCAAGCAAAAAAUAACCCAGAGCACUGUUUCUGAAAAUGUUUUUGCAAGGUUACCCUAGUUUUUCUGGUCAUUUUCCCCUUUUUCUGUGCCUUGAUUUUCUAUUCUCCCUUUACUUUGCCAAUUUUAAAGAGACAGUUCACUAAAUGUGGUAAUUGUUGGUUUUUUUGUGAACAAUUUUGAAUUUCAACCAUUCCUCGUGGUAAAUGCUCAUUUUGCCAUGUUUUGAACAAUUUUCCAACUGAAAAACCACGAAAUUCUCGCUGAAAUUUGCAAAAUCCACAUUUUCGCCGACAAAAUCCGUUUUCGCUCGAUUUUUGGCAAGUCUCGAAGAAAGUCGAUAGAAUUCCAGAGACUUUUGCAUUUCAACACUUUUCCCCACACGUUUUCGUCAUUUUCGCUUGAAAUCCGUCUGAAAAUUCAUCCAGAAAUCUCGGCGAAACCCGUCGAUUUGGCAGAGAAAUUUUGAAAAGUGCGGCCAACAGGGCGAUGCGUUGCGGUCGCGUCGCGGUCGCCCUCGCUCCGUUCUGUUCCGCCGCCGCCGCUCGUUUCCCACCAAUUUUUGGACUUUUCUGACCGAUUUCCGCGAUUCUCUUUGUGUUUUCCAAUUUUUCACGCAUUCUCGAUCAUUUUACGCCCAAAAUCGCCGCAAUUCAUGGCCCGCAACCCGUUUUGCGACGGCUCCGAACUCUGAGUCGCCUUUGAUGACAAAUCGAUUUUUGCGCACCCGAUUUUUGAAUUGGCCGCCGCUUUUGUUUGAUUUUCGAGCAGUUUGCAAUGUUUUUAGGCGAAUUUGAUUGGGAAAUUGUCGAAUUUCAUCGGUUUGCCGAACUGCAAUGAGGAAAAUGUCAAACUUUGCAUUUUUGCGAGAUUUCUCGAUCUUUGAAGUCCUCUCCGAAUUUUCGCUUGUUUUUAUAGUUCUUCGAGCAAUUUGGCUUUAUAAAUCUUGCAAAACGUUGAAGAUUCAACGACGGCUUGAGAACUUAUCGAUUUUUCGAUUUUUGUCAUGAGCGCUUGACCAAGUGUGCUUUCUGAGCACUUUACCGACUUGCAAACGUUGUUCUAGGCAAAAAAUCGUUGACAAUUAUCAUUUUCAUCAUGUUCGGCUGUCAGAUUAUUAAAAUUUCCUCCAACUCGCCUCACUGUCAAACUUGUUGCUAAAAAUGCCUCAAAUUCAUUUGUUGCAGGUAAUGAAAGAGAACUCGGGUAGAAGUUCGUCAGUCUCAUCUGGCGGACAUCAGCAACAACAACAACAACAGAGUGUACCGCAGACGGGCGGUUCGCAACCAACACAACCAGCUCCAUCCGUCGUCGCCGCCGCUGUUUCGACGACUGCGAUCGCUCAGCCGACUGCUCUUCCGACGGCCGCUUUGCAAGUCUUUGGCUCCGGACUUCCACCAUCCGUUGCCACGUCGCAGCAGCAGCCGAUCCAACAGCCAGUGCCUCCGCCGUCCUCCGCCACGCUACAGACCUCUUCACAGCCGGGACCGAUUCAGCCGCCGAUCCGACCGCCACAACAGCAGCAGCAGCAGUUUGCCCAAUUCCAGCAGGCCGCGCAGGCUCAGGCCCAAGCCCAGGCCGUCGCCGCCGCUCAGGCUCAGGUCCAGCAACAACAUCCGCAUCUCAGAGUAGGGUUUUUGGAGACAUUUAAAUAGUUUUCUAUAUAUUUUUGGAACAAAACAGGGUCUUGCGGAUUUGAGAGAAGGAAGGCAGGAAAAUUUCGGCCCUAUUAUUCUAUUCUCUUCACUAUUCGUGUCUCUCAGUACCUAGUUUCGAAAUGUCCGAUGGUUUUGAAAUGUCUGGUUGCGAGAUGUCCGGGAGAAUUGGUUUCAGAGAUUUGAAGACGAGGACCCAAAUAGAGAGAAAUAGGAAAGAAAAGAGCAAAUGAUCUGGUUCUAACUUUCUAGUUAUUUUGUGCAAUCUUCGGCCUUUUCCCCCUUUUUACUUUCCACUAUCCGCAAUCCGGUCAGUUUCAGGGUCAGCCGCCAGUCGGAGCUCCUCAACAGGGCUCGCAGCCCAAUCUGAGUCUCCUGAUGAACAUGUCGCCGUUCGGAGCGCAAAACACGCGCGAUCUGCUGAAUGCGGUCCAACCGGCGCCGCCAGCACCGCCGUCAAUGUCGCCGUCGACGCAAAUGAUGCGCUCGUUGAUUCCACCGCUCUCGCAAAGACAGGUAAUGCCCGAAUUGAAUGAGGAACAGUUUUUAACCGCCGCCGAAGGAGUUUCAGAACUCGCAGACGGGCGGAUGGCACACGAAUCCGGCGCCGUCGCAGCAAAGACCAUCGGGACCGCCGACGCCUCAGCAGCAGCAGAUGGACUUCCGUCAAAUGCAGCCCAGCCAGAUCCAGGACUUUGUGCCGCAACACCAACUGCAACGGUCGGGAAGUGUGAGCGGAAGCCAGCGGGGCGGAGUGAACCCGGGCGCUGCCACGAACGUGAUGAUGGCUGCUCAGGCCGCCGCGGCCGCAGUCGCCGCCCAGCAGCCGCUGAUGGACGACAUCUCGCAGAUGACAUUCUCGGAGGACAUCCAGGAGGAGGCCAACUCAUACUUUGAGAAGAUCUACAGUGUGAACAACGCCAUGUCCGUCGACAAUCUCAUCGAACUGCUGAAGCGGUUCAAAGUGUCGCGCGAGCGGCGGGAACGCAAUGUGCUCGCGUGCGUCGUCAAGAAUCUAUUCGAGGAGUACCGCUUUUUCCACGAAUAUCCGGAGCGCGAGUUGAGAACGACGGCCGCCGUGUACGGAGGCAUCAUCCGCGAGGAUAUCAUCUCGAAUGUGCAGUUCGCCACAGCCGUCCGCAAAGUCAUCGAAUCGCUGAACGCGGAUCCGAACACGAUGCUCUGGACGUUCGGAACUGUCGCUUUGCAGCACUGUCGCAGCAAACUAUGCGCCUAUCCCAAGGUGAAUUCGAUAGAAAAUGUUGAUUUUGAGUAAAAAAUUUCAAUAAAAAUAGAAUGAACGUUUUUUGAGCCAUUCCCAAACUGAUAAGCGUACUUGACUUGUAAACACCUCAAUUUUCCAUUACAACAAUAUUUCAGGUUUGCCAAAUGAUAGUGAACUCGGAGAACUUCCACCGCUUCCCGCAGCUGCUCAAGGACUACGUCGUGGCGGGCGUCGAAGGAAAGCUACCACCGGAGGGCGGACGUCACACGCCCGUCGGUUCGAUCCCUUCCGUCUCCUCAGCUUCUUCGCCAGCACCGGCUACCGUCGCCGCCGCCCCGCCGACCAACUGGGGAGCGGUGGCACGUGCCGCAUCGGUGGAUCCGAAGAAUCAGGUGCCGAAUCGGACGGGCAACGUGCUCAGCUACACGAAUGUGGACACGCUCGUGCAGGCGACGAACAAGGACGGCGCGGAGAUCGCACAGCCGCAGGAGGCGAUCGUGGACAAAAUCUCGUUCCUGUUCAACAAUCUGUCACAGUCGAAUCUGAUGCAGAAGAAGGACGAGGUGAUCGCGAUGAUGGAGGAGCACGGAGAGGGCUUCACGCGCUGGCUCUCGCAGUACAUUGUGAUGAAGCGAGUGAGCAUCGAGCAGAACUUCCAGCCACUCUACAAUCAGUUCGUCACCGCCAUCGACAACGCCUACCUGGACCAGUGCAUCAAGAGGGAGACGUUCCGAAACAUUCGCAUUCUGCUCAGAACCGACAAGAAGACGACGGUCGCCUCCAACUACUCGGACCGCCAACUGCUCAAGAACCUCGGAAACUGGCUCGGCGCCAUCACAAUUGCUCGCAACAAGCCCAUUCUGCUCAACGAUCUUGAUCUUAAGAGUCUGCUGCUCGAGGCCUACUACAAGGGCCAGGCGGAGCUCCUCUUCGUCGUCCCGUUCAUCUCGAAGAUUCUGAUGGCGUGCGCGAAGACGUCGUUGUUCACGCCGACAUGCGCGUGGAUUCGGAGUAUUCUGAAGGUGCUACACGAGCUGCACAACGAGCCCGAUCUGAAGAUAAACUUGAAAUUCGAGAUUGAAGUGCUGUGCAAGGAGCUGAACGUCGAUCUGAACCUGCUGCCGAACGAGGGCAUUCUGAAGGACACGGAAAAACUGGUGCGAGUGCCGCAGCAGCUGUGCGAAGUGCGCGUUCUGUCGCGUCCGGAGGCCGCCAGUCCGGUCCAGCAGCAACAGAUCCGCAUGUCGGGCUCCGCGGAACAACUCGCCGGCAUCGGAAUGUCAUCUACGGUCGCCGGAGAGCCGCAGAAGCCCGCGACGCCGCAGCCAACGGAAGCGGAACUCGUUGGCGGCGCCGGAGGAGCCGGAUCGCAGGGAGCGGAGCCGCAGGUGGUGCCAAACGUGACGCACUUCUCGUACCACGACAUAAAUGUUCUCACCUACGACGGACUCAUACCGCACGUCAAGAUCGUCUCGCACCUGCCGCUGUUCCAACUGCACCCGCACGCGAAACACCUCGUCCGCCCGGCCAUGAUCCACGCGAUAAAAGAGCUGAUCGGACCGGUGACGGAGCGGGCGCUGAAGAUUGCGAUGACGGUCACCGAGUCGCUGGUCCGCAAGGAUUUCGCACUCGAUCCCGACGAGCAGAACGUGAAGCAUGCCGCCUUCCAUAUGGUAAGUUAUUCGAAUCGAAAAGUGAUAUAUUUUGUUCAUUUUUAUUUUCAGAUGCGCGCAAUGACCGCCGGAAUGGCAAUGAUCACUUGCCGCGACCCGUUGGCAUCGACAAUGCACGCGAAUCUGGCUCAAGCGUUCUCGAGCUCACUCAGAUCUUCGAAUGGGACGCCCGAAAUGAAGGCGAUGAUCGAGGAGGCGUCGCAGCAAAUCACGCAGGACAACGUGGAACUUUCGACCAACUUCAUCGUCAAAACGGCGUGCGAGAAGGCGACGCAGGAGAUCGAAAAGCGGCUCGAGCAGGACUUUGCGAAGCGAAUCGCGGCGAGACAAGAGGGCAGAGAAUACAAGGACGAGACGAUCGCGGCGAUCCAGGCCACACUCCCGCCACAAAUAGCCAUUCCGCCGGGAAUUAUCGAGAAGCCGCUCAUGAGCAUCUACGAGUUGUUCUCGAGCAGAAUCUGCGGAUUCAAGGCCAGCGGAACGGUCGACGACCCGCUUUCGGGAGCAGUGCCAGAGCAGGCGUCCGGAGCACAGACUCCGGUGCCGACGCAGACGAAGGAAAUGGAGCUCGUGUGCCAGCAACUGCAGAUAAUCAUAAAGGAAGUGGAUCAGACGACGCAGGCGCAGCCGCAUCUGAGCAACUCGGCGUUCCAGACGGUGUGCCUGAUGCGCGAGAUGAUGCAGCAGGUGAUAUCGACGAAGGACUCGAUGCAUCUACUCGGACUCGUCACGCGCAGCACGGAGCAUCUGCUGCACGCCUACCGGCUCGAGGGAGCGCCCACCAAGAACUUGCUUGACGUCGAAUGGGCCCGCCGGUUGCGUGAUCUCUUCAUUGGACUGAUGCGCCUUCUCCAGAACUACUUCCCACUCGUCGAACUCUCGCGACGCAUCACCUCGGCGAUCAUGGCGAUCCGAUCGGACUACAAGUGGAACAUGGAGGGCAUCGAGAUUCUCUUCAAACAGAAUCUCCUUCAGCCAAUGCUCUGGGACCAGCAUCUUGCCGGCAGUAUGGACAACGGCGGAAACAUGGAGGCGGUGCUGUUCGCGCAGAAGUUCGUUCGAAUCAUUGGAGGCGGAGACCUGAACCGCAUAGCGUUCCUCAAGGAGAAAUUUCCGAUGACUUGCGAGCAACUCACGAAGCUCCAUCAGCUACAGAACGCGACCCGAUCUGUUCAGGAAGCGGUCGCCGCCGUAGCAAAUGGCACUCCGCCGCACAUCACCCCCCACCAUCUGACGUCGCAGCAGCAGAGCCAGCCGCCAAUGAACCUUCCGGUCGAGGCAGCGCCGAUGCCACAGGCUUCUGCGGAGGCGAUGGCGCAGCGCGGUUACGAGGACAACGAGAUGACGGCGAAAGUGGAGAUCAUCAUGCGCGAGUGGAUUAACGUGUGCUACUCGCCGACGGGCCAACGCAGUCCACAGGAGUCGCUCGCGCAAAUGAUUCAGCUGAUGCACGAGCACGGCGUGCUGGCUACUGACGACAAGAUCACGCAGUUUUUCCGGUUGUGCGUCGAGAACUGCGUCGAUAUUUCGGUGCGCGUCAUGAAGUCGGAGCAGCUCGCGAACGGAGUGCCGACGAACCUCAUCCGCCACCGGUGCUACUACACGCUGGACGCGUUCGUCAAACUAAUGGCACUGAUGAUCAGACAUUCGGACAACGGACAAUCGCAGAACAAGAUCAAUCUGCUCAAGAAGGUUGGUGAAUCUUCUGGAAUAACACUUAUAAAAUUCAUUUUCAGCUGCUGAACAUAAUCGUCGGAGUGCUCCACAUGGAUCACGAAGUGCGCAAGCAGGACUUCAACGCGAUGCCUUACCACCGUAUUCUCAUACACCUGUUCAACGAAAUCACGGGACCGGAUCCGCUGAAACUGCUCGAGCCGAUCGCGUGGAGCAUUUUGGAGGCGUUCGGGCAGACGUUCUUCGCCCUCCAGCCGCGCCGAAUGCCCGGAUUCGCGUUCGCCUGGCUCGACAUUGUCGGCCAUCGCAACGUGAUCGGACGUCUUCUUGCGAACACGGGAAUCGCGGAGACUGUCGAUUCGGUAAAGACGGCCGCCACGUACACGCAGCUGAUCAUUUCGCACCUCAAGUUCCUCGCGCCGUUCCUCAGAAACAUACAGUUGCCCAAAUCGAUAGCGAUUCUCUACAAAGGAACCCUUCGUGUGCUCCUAGUCAUCCUUCACGACUUCCCCGAGUUGCUGUGCGAAUUCCACUACGUCAUCUGCGAUACGAUCCCACCGAACUGCGUGCAGCUCCGCAAUCUGAUCCUCUCGGCCUAUCCACGUCAAAUGCGCCUUCCGGAUCCGUUCGCCUUGAACUUCAAACAGGUCGACACGAUUCCGGAAAUGGCUGUCGAGCCGAAAUCCAACCUGAACAUGGCGACGAUCAUUCCGGACGUGAUCCGCAUCCCGCUCGACGAGUACCUGGCCACGCGGACGCCCGUCGACUUCAUGUCGAACCUGCCGAUGCUGCUGCAGACGACCAACCAGUCGGGCACCAAGUACAACACGACGGUGAUGAACGCGCUCGUGCUCUACGUCGGAAUACGCGCCAUAGAGCAUCUGCACCAGCGACGGCAGCGCAUCUCCACACUCACCAUAGCCCAUACCUCGUUCAUGGACAUAUUCCAGACGUUGGCCGUUCAACUCGACACUGAAGGUUUGUCAUUUCAUUUUAGCUUGAAUUCACCACGAAAUGCUCUUUUUCUAGGCCGCUACCUGCUGUUCAAUGGAAUAGCCAACCAACUGCGCUAUCCGAACGCCCAUACGCACUACUUCAGCUGCGUCUUCCUGUAUUUGUUCAAGAACUCGACGCAGGACGUCAUUCAGGAGCAAAUCACGCGAAUUCUGUUCGAACGGCUCGUCGCGCUACGUCCGCAUCCGUGGGGACUGCUCAUCACCUUCAUCGAGCUCAUAAAGAAUCCCACGUACAACUUUUGGCGUUACGAGUUCACCAGCUGCGCUCCCGAGAUACAGAGGUAUGGAAAUUGGGCUCAAAAUUAAUUUUAGACCCUAAAAGCAGCAGAAACUAAGGAGUCUGCUCAAAAAAUCCCGAUUUUGAAGCUCUUAUUUUGCCCUAUUUUCAGACUGUUCCAAAACGUGGCGAACACGUGUGUGCCGAACACGCAAGGAGCCCAAAUGCCGGGCCAUCAGACGACGGACGGCUCGGGACUCGGCGGAGCUCAGCCGCAUACGCAUCCGACCGGCGGAAACUGA